AACCAGCCUGAGCCGCUGCGGCUAGGCCCCUUCUAGGUCCCCUCUGCACCCCAGAUGUACCAACUGUCCAGCCCCGUGGGCAGGGUGCGCCUUCACCCACAAAGAGCUGGGAAGAUGUAGUAAGAGUCCUCCCUUCCCGAGGCGCUGCCCGCCUCCCGGAUGCUCAGCCCUCCCCGCACCUGCACUUCCGCCCCGCCCACUGCGUCCGCAGGACUUGUGCCCUACAUCUGCCGGGCAUCUGGGGUCUCUCUGGAGCCUGGGCUGGUAGAAGCCAAAGUUCCCUGAUGUCAUCAGGCCACUCCAUGAGUGAGGCAAACCAAACCCAGGAGGGACCAUCAGUGUUCCCCACAGCAUCAGCUAUGACCCCUGAGCCCAGCAGCGGGGGCCGGGCAUGGCCAGUAUUAGUAGGGGUUGUGCUAGGGGCCGUAUUCCUCUCUCUCCUCAUCGCACUUGCUGCCAAAUGCCAUGUCUGCCGCCGAUACCGUGCCAGCUACCAGCAUCGCCCUCUGCCCAGGACUAGGGGUGGAGACCGUCCAGUGGUGGGUGAAGAUGAGGAUGAUGAUGGCUUCAUUGAAGACAAUUAUAUCCAACCUGGGGCUGGUGAACUGGAGACAGAAGGAAGCAGAGACCACUUCUCUCUCUGAUCUUCGAUCUUCGGACAUUGCCCCUUCCUUCCAUCUCUGAUGUUUUAAGGACAGUGGAUGCUAUGUGGGCAUCUCAGAUCUCAGGGACAAAGGUAGCUAGGGCCUAAAGGUUGACCAGGGGCAGAGCAAUCCUCCAUUUCCUGUCACUGUCCAACGAAGUGACAAUGACCUGCUCUUUCUUGCUCAAUAACUCUCGGUGGCUUCCUGCUUUUCCUAGGAUAAAGCCUAACAGCAGAAGAGUAUGGAGGAAAAGCCUCUAUGAUCAGGCCUCCAUUGGCCUGUUGUUCUCCUUUUGUACCCCCUCACUACACUCCCUACUUAACUGUGUAUUUGCCAUGUAGUUGUUUACCUUGUUCCCCCUGGGGAGCCCUACCCUUCUAAUGUCAGUCCCUGGCCUCCUGACCCCUGGGCCCCUGGGCCUGCCUUUCAAAUGUAUUUCACGUGUGCCUGGAGGACACAUUCAAGCGGGUAGAAACCAGUGCCAAGUUUCUUACUGAAAAUUUUCUUAUCAAUGAAGUGGAUAAUCUGGUUAUAUAUAGUAUUAUGUUUUAUAGAGGAAUAAAUUGAUUUUCAUUUUUAAU